GAGCAGCAGAGGCUGCAGAGGAUGGGGCAGCAAAGGCUGCACAAGAAGGGGCAAUGGGGGGUGUGGGGGAAGGGGCAGCAGAGGUUGCAGAGGAAAGGGCAGCAGAGGCUGCAAGGGAAGGGGCAGCAGCGGCUGCACGGGAAAGGGCGGCAGAGGCUGCACGGGAAGGGGCGGCAGGGACCGUGACUCUGGCCAGGCAAAGGGCAGAGGCCAUGGAGACAGAGGGGGAUGUGAUAGCGAUAGAGGAGGAUGAGGGAGAGGAUGUGAUGCACAUUGACGGGCCACUGGCCCAAUACCUCACGCCUGACGGUGAGGCCGACCCGGCCCCCCUGCAGCCUCACGUCGAGGUUCCCCCUCUACCCCCCAUGCCCGUCCCCAUGCUAGCAGAAGGACCGAUGGAGGGGCUGGGGGAGACCUUGAGGACAGAGCCGCACGAGGGAGCCCCCAUCCUCACCUCCCGUCCUCCAGCCCACCCACCCCCAGGAGCACCAUUUCCCCACCCCCACCCUCAGGUCCCGGUAGUAUCCAGGGGGGCAGCCAAGGCCCUGGCCUUCUUGGCGGAGCCGUGCUCCCCGACCCCCACGUUGCUCCAUGGCCAGCCCCCCUCUCCGUCCCCAACCCCUGACCCCACGGUUGCAGGCGGUCCACCGGGAGAGCACGCGGCACACCUCUGCCCCCACCCUCAGGGGCUCCUUAGAGCACCACGUGGAGCAGCCAGGGCUCUGGCCUUCCUAGAGGAGCCAUGCUCCCCGACUCCUACCAACACCCAGCCACCCCCUACCGGCCCACUACCCCCCCCUCCACCAGGCCCCCCCCCACCCGGUAGUACACACAUCUCGGAGGUUGAAGCAUCUCUGCGGCCAAAUCCCUCUCCCACACGCUACAGGCACCCAAACCACCCGAGUCGCCGCACAGCCCCAACACGCCCACCCAACAGGCUGCCCCCCUCACACCACCCCCCCCAGGCAGCCGAGACCCACCCGCAAGGGCUUGCGCCCCAGGCUCAUGGGAGCGGCGGCACCCGGGUAGAGGGGCCCACAGGAGAGGCCACCACAGAGCCCACACAAAUCUCUCUCCCCCCACCGCUUGUACCUCGCUCUAACCUCCACACUGGCCCAGCCCCUCGACCCCCACCUUCCAACCCCCCCUCCCGGCCGGGUUCCCCACGAGUGGCCCCGUUGGGCAGCCAUCACCCCCCACACACAGCCUGCCCGAUCUGUUCCCACGGAGGGGGAUGUUUCGAGGAGAGAGGGGAUGCACACAGAGCACCCCCCGCCUGGCGAACCACCCAUCCUCCCUCCACCCACCCCUUUGGCCCCACAGCCCCCCCUUCCUUCACAAACAGGCGCGGACAACCAGGUUGGCCGCCGGCGGAAGAACAGGGGCAGAGGAGGCAGAGGGUCAGCCCACCCCGACCACCAAACCUACACUCCCGCCCCGCUCCUGCACCUCCACAGGGCCAUGGGAGCGGACCAGCCCACUCUCCCCCAUUCUGCCCCUCCCGUGCUGUGUCCCCCUCCCAGGUGGCGGCGGCCGCGAUCGCUACUGGGAUGGAGGCCGUCGGGUUGAGGGAUGCGCCCAUGGAAGACGCCACCGACUCCCCCUCCCAUCCCUCCCACCCCUUCCAUGUCGACGACCCCCUACCGCAACCCAUGGUGAUUGGGGAGGGCCAAGGGGGCCUUCUAGGGCAGGGUCCACACCCGAGCUCCGCUCAGCCAGCAAGCCCCACUCCACCCUCUACCCUGCCAGCCCUCCUACUCUCACCUACAGGCAGGCAGGUCUUCGAGACCCCAGAGGAGGUGAGGGCUGGCAUUUCAGAUUUGCUGGCGAUACACCGCCCGAGCAGCUCUCCGGCUGCCCCCACCCUUCCAGUCCCACAGGACCGGACCCGGACGUAUGCGGAGGUCACCCGGUCUGUCCCUUCUUUUAUCCCCCCCGCCACUCAGCCAGGCGCGUCACUCCCGACCCCAAUGGAGACGGACCAGGUUCUGAGGCCGUGUCACGCGCACCUAGAUGGGGUGGCGCCUCCCCCCGUUCAGCCCGUGGCGCAGGAGGUCACCAGCAGUAGGGAUGAGGCAUCCGCCCCUACCGAGACCCCUCCGCCUGGGGUAGCAGAGCCGUCACUUGAACCGCACCCCGCCGAGGGGCAGGAGCACACCACGGCACACACUUCAGGCUCACCUCCACGUCCCCCCUCCCCAGCUUCGACACCGGUACCGGCACGAGGCCCGGCCCUAUCCUGUGCGACACCACCUCUAUCUUCGCUGACACCCCCCAUGCACGGGGCUGGUGAGUCGUCUCCUCCCCUCAUCCCAGGCGAUCCUCUCGGAGCUCAGGCCGCCCACGGGGUCCCCUCUACAGCCAGUUCCGACGCCACGGCCCCGAUUGACCCCGCCGACACGGCGACAUCACCCGACCAGGUCGUGAGUUGCCCCACCUGCAGGAGCUCUCUCGCGAACCGACGCGCGCUCCAGCACCACAUUCCCUUCUGCCAUCCUGCGGACGCGGCUCGCAGGGCGCAGGCUGCCCAGGACACCGCCUCGAUCAUCCCUUCCCUCUCACAGCCCCGUGCGACCGGGAUACAGUUCACCGACGCACAGUGGCAGACGCUCGACUCGGUGGACUGGACAGAGUACUUCUCGCCCGAGCGUAUCCAUGCACGCCCUCUCCGACGUGUCCCGGAGAGGGUCCGCGGAGGAUAUCUCGACGUCCUCAGUGCGAUCCUAGUCCGCAUUGCCCAGGACCCGGAGGCUGCUGGCCCUACCUUCCUCCUCGCUGCAGCGCCGACUCUUUUCCUUGUUCCAGCGACGCCACCCGACCGCUCGCACACGGCUGCCAUUGCAACGCGCAUCUCCCGCUUUGGUCGAGGUGAGUGGGCUGAGCUAGUCUCAGAUGCACUAGGCCGUCGCACACCCCUUCCUCGGCGCACAGGUCACCGGUCACGCACCGCCACCGAUCCCUCUACAGCAGAUGAGCGCCGCAUUGCACGUUGCCUUCGUCUGGCAGCGUGCAAUGAGACCUCACGGGCGUGCGCGGCUCUCGAGUCCGCGGAGGCAGCCCCAGAUACACAGGGGACGAUACAGCGCCUGCAGUCGAAGCACCCCAACGCGGAGAGGCCGACCCCAGCUUGGCAGUCUGGCUUCCAGGGGUCCCCUCUCGUGCUCUCGGUGGAUCACUUACGCCGCGCGAUUUUCACAGCUCCGCGGGGCUCUUCGGGAGGACCGUCCGGUUGGGUCGCUGAGCACCUGCGAGACACUUUCCUAGCUUUCCCUCAGAGUCUCCAUUUCCUCCUGGCCGUGUACCAGCAGUGGCUCCGAGGCCGUUGCGCUCCAGCUACGCGCUCCUUGCUAGCGUCUUCCACCCUCGUGGCUCUGGCGAAGUCGAACAUGGAUGUUCGGCCGAUUGCCAUCGGCGAGGUUUUGGUCCGCAUUCUUUCUCGUGCAGUCUGUCUCCAGCUACGUGACCAGAUGGCGAGGGUCUUCUUGGCGUCACAGCAGUUUGGGGUGGGGGUUACGUGCGGGACAGAGGUCGUAGUUAGAGGCGUCCGCCGCGCUCUGGCUGACCACCCAGACUGGGUGGUCCUGCAGCUAGACGUGGCGAAUGCCUUUAACUCCUUCCACCGAGACAGGAUGUUCCAGGCGCUGCAGGCCAGCCCGGAGUUUCAGUGCCUGAUCCCCUUCAUCGGCCUCUUCUACGGGACGCCCUCGGAUCUCCACUACAGGUCAGGCACGGGAGUGGUCACGAUGCACUCGGAGCGGGGCACUCGCCAGGGAGACCCUCUCAGCCCCUUCUUGUACGCUCUGACACAGCGUCUUGCUUUGGAGCCGGUUCUGGUGGAGGGGGAUGUCCAGCUCUGGUCGUACGCCGAUGACACGUACGUGCUAGGUCCCCCAGACAGGGUGCUGCACCACUUUGCCGAGAUCGUGAGGCGCUUGGGCGAGAUGGGCCUUGCAGCCCAGCCGCACAAGUGCCUCGUCUACCAGACAGAGUCCUUUCUGUCCAGGGAUCUGGAGGCCUUCACGGGCCUAGGGAUCGAGGUCGCACGCCGAGGGCUCACCGUGACAGGCGUACCGGUAGGCACCGUUUCGUUCGUGGAGCAGAGUCUCCCGGAUCGUCUCGAGAGGAUGGGGCGGGUGCUACCUUGGCUUCCGAGGUUGCGCCAGCCCCAGACAGCUGCCCGCCUUCUGUCGGCGUGUGUCAGCACUCGUCCGCAGUACCUGUCGAGGACCGUCCCUCCUUCGCCCGCAGUGAUCUCUAGUUUUACACGGUGGGACGCACGCCUGGGAGAGACAUUUCAGCAGCUUUUAGCUUCAGGGACCUGGGCUUGUCGCGAGGACGUCCGAGAGGCCGCCCUAGACCAGAUCUUCCUCCCCAUCCGUCUCGGGGGUUUCGGCAUUCGUCGCAUGGCACGCAUUGCCCCGGUGAGUUUCGUGUGCUCCUGGGUGCAGUGUGCUCCCAUUCUCUGUUCUCUCCCUGCGUGUGGCGAGGUGUUUCGGCAGAGCUUCGCUUCAGGUGAGCCAGAGCAGAUCGACCGGGCUCUGCAGACGGCGCUAGAGGGUCUCCCACCUGACGUUCUCUCUCUCCUUCCCCCCUGGCCCUCUUGCGCUUCUGCCUCCCCCGAUUCCCUUUUUGCAGGAGCGAGCCGUCUUCUGGAGGCGCAUGCCUUGGAGGCCGUGCGUGCCCGUCACGCCUCUCCCUUGCACCUUGCCCGUUUGACUUCCCUUCAGGGCGCAGGUGCAGGGGCGUGGUUGACGUCGGUGCCGUACGCUGACCCACUGCGCAUCCCGGAGGCGCUGUGGCAGGCGGCUUCAUCUUCUCGUCUUGGUCUCCCUAUCCCCCAGUUAGCCCUUGCAGGUCAGUGCUCCUGCGGACAGGCGAUUGACGACAUGACGGUGCCUCAUCACGCGGUUCGGUGCCCGCGCUACGGGGUCGCCACUACCAUCCACGACACGGUGAAGUACAUGCUUCGAGACUUUGCGGUCGAGGCGGGCUUCGCGGUAAAGGUGGAGGACUCUACGCUGUUCACACAGUUGGAGGCGGCUCGAGCGAGACUACUGGGACAGCCAGUGGUGGGAGAGGGGACGCGGGCUGAGGGACCGGGGGAGCAGAGAGGCGAGGCGGGACAGCCGGGUGGCGGGGGACAGUGGGGACAGCACCAGCUGCGGGGUCAGGUGGAGCGAGGGAUAGGUGGGCAGAGGGGACGGCAGGGGGAGCAGACGGGCCAGGACGGGGAGGGGAGACGGCACAGGCAGCAGCAGGAGAGCCAGGGGAGGCCGCGGGCCCAGGGCGCCGCGCCUCCAGGUUCGGCCUCGGAGGAGGGGCAGGGGCGGGAGCAGCAGAGAGCGGACGGAGGUACAGGAGGGGCAGCGGGAUUGGGAGGGGAGGGCCAGGGAGUGAGAGAGGCAGCAGGGGAUGGAGCAGGGGGGUCGGGAGGGUUGGGGGAGGGUAGAGAGGGGGAGGGGAGAGGACAGGUGGAUGGAGGAGAGGAGAGGGGGAGAGAGACGAUCGGAGAGGAGGCACCAAGGGACCAGACAGGGCAGCAGCCAGCGCAACAGCAGGGACCAGUCGGACGCACAGGCCGUGUAGGCACCGCCUCCCGCAUCCCAGACCUCACCUGCCGCGACGUUGGCCAGGGUCUGAUGGUUCUUGUGGAUGUCUCCAUAGCGGAUCCACAGCGGGAGGGGAACGUGCAGCUGAGACGGGCGACCCCCACACAGAUUGGAGUGGCAGCAGCUAGGCGGGUGCAGGAGAAGCUGCGGCACUGGGGGCCGCACUUAGAGGGGCUGCAGCCGGCACCACACUUUUACGCGUGCGUGGCGGAGACCUUUGGCCUUCUGAGUGAGCCGCUGCGUCAGUUUCUGGGGCUCUGCGCAAAGAGGAUAGCACAGCGGAGGAGGGAUAGAGGUGGGGGGGAUGACGGAUCGGCACGGAUAUUUGAGGCAGGACUCACUACACGCCUCUCCGUUGCACUGCAGCGCGCGCAGGCUCAAUGCAUGAUCCAGCAUGCGGUGCGGCAGUUAGGGGGAUCCGACGACGGGUGGAUGCCCGCACCAGUCCCACUGGUCACACCCCCUGCCCCCUCAUGCCAUCCGCUCCCCCCGCCCCUACCCUCCGCGUGCCCGCUGCCCUUGCCGCCUCUUUUGACCCUCCCUGCCCCCCCUCGCCGUUUCCCACCGCCCGCCAUUCGCUCCUCCCCGCCCGUGCGCUCCCCUCCUUUACCUUCUCCUCCCCCCUCCCCUCCUCUGCUGCACGCCUCUUCCUUCCCCUCGCCGACCCACUCCACUCCCUGCCCCUCCUCAAUCCGCACCCUGCCCCUCGUAUCUCACCCCCCUAUGCUUGGUUUCUCCCCUCCCUGCCCCUCGCCGCCUUUCCCCGCUCCCCACCUCCCCCCCCCCCACUCUCCCCCCCCCUGCCCCCCCACUGCUCACCCUCUGCCCGCCCCUUUUCCGUGCCCUCAGUUGGCCCAGCCCCUGCCCGUUGCUGCCCCUCCCCUUGCCCCCUCAACUCCCCUGCCCCCCGUACACCCCAAGUCCCAUCCAACCGCCCCCACCCUCCCCCGGCUGCCCGUUUCCGCUCUCCACCCCCGCGACCGUGUGCGGCUUCCAACCGCCCAACGGUGGUGCGCACGGGGCCAUUACCGCCCCUCUCCCCUUAUCCCCCACCACGCCCCCAAGCAGGCCUUUCUCCCCCCAGCCCCCCGUCUCCCUGCCCUUAGUACCGCCGCGCUCUGCCCGUGCGUCACCCUCGCCCACUUCAUACCACCUCCCCCUUCUCCCUCCCCCCGGCUUCUCCCUAUCAUCACCCGCAUGUUCCCCCACUCCCCUGUCCACAACGUCCCUCCUCCACCCCCCCUCCUGCCUUCCCCACUCCCACUCUGCCCCCCACACCUCUACGAGCCGUACCUCCCCCUCCAGCCUCCCUUUUCCCCCCCAGCUACUUCCGCAUCCAGCGGUCUACACCCCUUGCUUUUGCUCCCUGUGCUGUGCCGUCCCCAACCUCCGUCCGCCCUUCCGCGGCACCAGACCGCCUCUCCCUCCCCCAACCAACCUCUGCACCCCCUGUUCCUGCCCCUUGUGCCUUCCAACACCCUACCCCAACCCCCCCCAGUCUCCCCCUUCUCCAACACCCUCCAUAUUUCCUCCCCCCUGGGGCUCGCCCAUCCGCAGGUAUCACCCUUCAUCAAUUCCCCAAUUCCCUCUGUCCCCUGUUUCCCGGCCCCGCAUCUUUUCUGCAUUUACCACAGCGCCUCCUUUCGGUGCCCUCUCGGCCCUCCCACGUUCUCACCCCCCGCCUUCCAACCUUCUCAUUACCCGCUACCAGGCUCACGCCAACUCGACUACCCACUACCCUUUGCCCCUUCCUCUCUGUUCCCCACCCUUCCUUCCCCACUUGGCUCCACCUGCCCACCCCCACCUCCCGUGGAAUUCUGCCCUGCCCUCCCCACCUCUGGCCCACCACCUGUCCCCACACCCUGCUCGCCCACCACUACAUCACCCCCGCCCCCCCACCUCCACUACAGCCCGCCAACACUUCCCCUCUCAACCGGCCCCCAGCCCGCCCCCCCCUUGGGCCCCAAUCCCCUCCAACCGUCAGGCCCCCUCUACCCUCUCUUCCACCCACUGCGCACCGCUUUCCCCACCCUUUUUCCAUUUCCCCAAGCUAACCCCCCGCACCCCGGCCUCUGCCAGGGAGUUCCUUCCCCCUUUGACGCCCUCUUGAGCCAACUCCAGCAACUCACACCGCCACCGCCAGGCAUGCUGCCUCUAUUACUUGUGAAAACACUUAAUCCUACUAGCACCCCCAAGCACAUAGAAGCGGGAGGGGGCAGAGCCAGGGGGGAACUUGCAGCUAACACUGCACGGGAAGGGGUAAGUGAAUGUGUGUGCGAAGGAGCAGCAGAGGCUGCAGAGGAUGGGGCAGCAAAGGCUGCACGGGAAGGGGCAAUGGGGGUUGUGGGGGAAGGGGCAGCAGAGGUUGCAGAGGAAAGGGCAGCAGAGGCUGCAAGGGAAGGGGCAGCAGCGGCUGCACGGGAAAGGGCGGCAGAGGCUGCACGGGAAGGGGCGGCAGGGACCGUGACUCUGGCCAGGCAAAGGGCAGAGGCCAUGGAGACAGGGGGAGGUGCUACGGGUGCAGCGGGGAAGGGGGUAACGGGGACUGGUGCGAGGGAGAGUGCUGCCCCGGCUGUAGCAAGAGAGGGUACGGCAGGGGCUAGAGUGGGAGAAGGGACAACAGUGGCCUCAAAGGUAGAAGGUGAGGCUGUAGCUGAAGCAGCAGGGAGGGCCAUAGCACGGCCAGUAGGGGCGGCAGGGGCCGCAGCAAACGCGGGGAAACACACAGCAGGGCCGGCAGAGACUGCAAAAGGGGCUAGCAGUAAAGCGGCAGCAGGCGGGGUGGGCUCGGAGGACAUAGGGGCAACAGGGGAAGGAGAGGUGAGUGUGGUCCCGACCGGGGUGGGCACUGAAGAGGGGGAUGUGAUAGCGAUAGAGGAGGAUGAGGGAGAGGAUGUGAUGCACAUUGACGGGCCACUGGCCCAAUACCUCACGCCUGACGGUGAGGCCGACCCGGCCCCCCUGCAGCCUCACGUCGAGGUUCCCCCUCUACCCCCCAUGCCCGUCCCCAUGCUAGCAGAAGGACCGAUGGAGGGGCUGGGGGAGACCUUGAGGACAGAGCCGCACGAGGGAGCCCCCAUCCUCACCUCCCGUCCUCCAGCCCACCCACCCCCAGGAGCACCACUUCCCCACCCCCACCCUCAGGUCCCGGUAGUAUCCAGGGGGGCAGCCAAGGCCCUGGCCUUCUUGGCGGAGCCGUGCUCCCCGACCCCCACGUUGCUCCAUGGCCAGCCCCCCUCUCCGUCCCCAACCCCUGACCCCACGGUUGCAGGCGGUCCACCGGGAGAGCACGCGGGUGCGACAAGAGCAGAGUCACCCGAGGGCACCCCUUCUCUCACCUCUCACCCCUCCCCGCCCCUUCCCUCACUCCUUCCCUCACCCCCAAGGGCAGCACACCUCUGCCCCCACCCUCAGGGGCUCCUUAGAGCACCACGUGGAGCAGCCAGGGCUCUGGCCUUCCUAGAGGAGCCAUGCUCCCCGACUCCUACCAACACCCAGCCACCCCCUACCGGCCCACUACCCCCCCCUCCACCAGGCCCCCCCCCACCCGGUAGUACACACAUCUCGGAGGUUGAAGCAUCUCUGCGGCCAAAUCCCUCUCCCACACGCUACAGGCACCCAAACCACCCGAGUCGCCGCACAGCCCCAACACGCCCACCCAACAGGCUGCCCCCCUCACACCACCCCCCCCAGGCAGCCGAGACCCACCCACAAGGGCUUGCGCCCCAGGCUCAUGGGAGCGGCGGCACCCGGGUAGAGGGGCCCACAGGAGAGGCCACCACAGAGCCCACACAAAUCUCUCUCCCCCCACCGCUUGUACCUCGCUCUAACCUCCACACUGGCCCAGCCCCUCGACCCCCACCUCCAACCCCCCCUCCCGGCCGGGUUCCCCACGAGUGGCCCCGUUGGGCAGCCAUCACCCCCCACACACAGCCUGCCCGAUCUGUUCCCACGGAGGGGGAUGUCUCGAGGAGAGAGGGGAUGCACACAGAGCACCCCCCGCCCGGCGAACCACCCAUCCUCCCUCCACCCACCCCUUUGGCCCCACAGCCCCCCCUUCCUUCACAAACAGGCGCGGACAACCAGGUUGGCCGCCGGCGGAAGAACAGGGGCAGAGGAGGCAGAGGGUCAGCCCACGUACUCCCCCCUCCCUCCCUCCCCCACCAAGAGCCCCUCCCCACCCCACAUCCCGUUGAACCCUUACCAGGCCCUACCUCUACAGCCCGACCACCAAACCUACACUCCCGCCCCGCUCCUGCACCUCCACAGGGCCAUGGGAGCGGACCAGCCCACUCACCCCCAUUCUGCCCCUCUCGUGCUGUGUCCCCCUCCCAGGUGGCGGCGGCCGCGAUCGCUACUGGGAUGGAGGCCGUCGGGUUGAGGGAUGCGCCCAUGGAAGACGCCACCGACUCCCCCUCCCAUCCCUCCCACCCCUUCCAUGUCGACGACCCCCUACCGCAACCCAUGGUGAUUGGGGAGGGCCAAGGGGGCCUUCUAGGGCAGGGUCCACACCCGAGCUCCGCUCAGCCAGCAAGCCCCACUCCACCCUCUACCCUGCCAGCCCUCCUACUCUCACCUACAGGCAGGCAGGUCUUCGAGACCCCAGAGGAGGUGAGGGCUGGCAUUUCAGAUUUGCUGGCGAUACACCGCCCGAGCAGCUCUCCGGCUGCCCCCACCCUUCCAGUCCCACAGGACCGGACCCGGACGUAUGCGGAGGUCACCCGGUCUGUCCCUUCUUUUAUCCCCCCCGCCACUCAGCCAGGCGCGUCACUCCCGACCCCAAUGGAGACGGACCAGGUUCUGAGGCCGUGUCACGCGCACCUAGAUGGGGUGGCGCCUCCCCCCGUUCACCCCGUGGCGCAGGAGGUCACCAGCAGUAGGGAUGAGGCAUCCGCCCCUACCGAGACCCCUCCGCCUGGGGUAGCAGAGCCGUCACUUGAACCGCACCCCGCCGAGGGGCAGGAGCACACCACGGCACACACUUCAGGCUCACCUCCACGUCCCCCCUCCCCAGCUUCGACACCGGUACCGGCACGAGGCCCGGCCCUAUCCUGUGCGACACCACCUCUAUCUUCGCUGACACCCCCCAUGCACGGGGCUGGUGAGUCGUCUCCUCCCCUCAUCCCAGGCGAUCCUCUCGGAGCUCAGGCCGCCCACGGGGUCCCCUCUACAGCCAGUUCCGACGCCACGGCCCCGAUUGACCCCGCCGACACGGCGACAUCACCCGACCAGGUCGUGAGUUGCCCCACCUGCAGGAGCUCUCUCGCGAACCGACGCGCGCUCCAGCACCACAUUCCCUUCUGCCAUCCUGCGGACGCGGCUCGCAGGGCGCAGGCUGCCCAGGACACCGCCUCGAUCAUCCCUUCCCUCUCACAGCCCCGUGCGACCGGGAUACAGUUCACCGACGCACAGUGGCAGACGCUCGACUCGGUGGACUGGACAGAGUACUUCUCGCCCGAGCGUAUCCAUGCACGCCCUCUCCGACGUGUCCCGGAGAGGGUCCGCGGAGGAUAUCUCGACGUCCUCAGUGCGAUCCUAGUCCGCAUUGCCCAGGACCCGGAGGCUGCUGGCCCUACCUUCCUCCUCGCUGCAGCGCCGACUCUUUUCCUUGUUCCAGCGACGCCACCCGACCGCUCGCACACGGCUGCCAUUGCAACGCGCAUCUCCCGCUUUGGUCGAGGUGAGUGGGCUGAGCUAGUCUCAGAUGCACUAGGCCGUCGCACACCCCUUCCUCGGCGCACAGGUCACCGGUCACGCACCGCCACCGAUCCCUCUACAGCAGAUGAGCGCCGCAUUGCACGUUGCCUUCGUCUGGCAGCGUGCAAUGAGACCUCACGGGCGUGCGCGGCUCUCGAGUCCGCGGAGGCAGCCCCAGAUACACAGGGGACGAUACAGCGCCUGCAGUCGAAGCACCCCAACGCGGAGAGGCCGACCCCAGCUUGGCAGUCUGGCUUCCAGGGGUCCCCUCUCGUGCUCUCGGUGGAUCACUUACGCCGCGCGAUUUUCACAGCUCCGCGGGGCUCUUCGGGAGGACCGUCCGGUUGGGUCGCUGAGCACCUGCGAGACACUUUCCUAGCUUUCCCUCAGAGUCUCCAUUUCCUCCUGGCCGUGUACCAGCAGUGGCUCCGAGGCCGUUGCGCUCCAGCUACGCGCUCCUUGCUAGCGUCUUCCACCCUCGUGGCUCUGGCGAAGUCGAACAUGGAUGUUCGGCCGAUUGCCAUCGGCGAGGUUUUGGUCCGCAUUCUUUCUCGUGCAGUCUGUCUCCAGCUACGUGACCAGAUGGCGAGGGUCUUCUUGGCGUCACAGCAGUUUGGGGUGGGGGUUACGUGCGGGACAGAGGUCGUAGUUAGAGGCGUCCGCCGCGCUCUGGCUGACCACCCAGACUGGGUGGUCCUGCAGCUAGACGUGGCGAAUGCCUUUAACUCUUUCCACCGAGACAGGAUGUUCCAGGCGCUGCAGGCCAGCCCGGAGUUUCAGUGCCUGAUCCCCUUCAUCGGCCUCUUCUACGGGACGCCCUCGGAUCUCCACUACAGGUCAGGCACGGGAGUGGUCACGAUGCACUCGGAGCGGGGCACUCGCCAGGGAGACCCUCUCAGCCCCUUCUUGUACGCUCUGACACAGCGUCUUGCUUUGGAGCCGGUUCUGGUGGAGGGGGAUGUCCAGCUCUGGUCGUACGCCGAUGACACGUACGUGCUAGGUCCCCCAGACAGGGUGCUGCACCACUUUGCCGAGAUCGUGAGGCGCUUGGGCGAGAUGGGCCUUGCAGCCCAGCCGCACAAGUGCCUCGUCUACCAGACAGAGUCCUUUCUGUCCAGGGAUCUGGAGGCCUUCACGGGCCUAGGGAUCGAGGUCGCACGCCGAGGGCUCACCGUGACAGGCGUACCGGUAGGCACCGUUUCGUUCGUGGAGCAGAGUCUCCCGGAUCGUCUCGAGAGGAUGGGGCGGGUGCUACCUUGGCUUCCGAGGUUGCGCCAGCCCCAGACAGCUGCCCGCCUUCUGUCGGCGUGUGUCAGCACUCGUCCGCAGUACCUGUCGAGGACCGUCCCUCCUUCGCCCGCAGUGAUCUCUAGUUUUACACGGUGGGACGCACGCCUGGGAGAGACAUUUCAGCAGCUUUUAGCUUCAGGGACCUGGGCUUGUCGCGAGGACGUCCGAGAGGCCGCCCUAGACCAGAUCUUCCUCCCCAUCCGUCUCGGGGGUUUCGGCAUUCGUCGCAUGGCACGCAUUGCCCCGGUGAGUUUCGUGUGCUCCUGGGUGCAGUGUGCUCCCAUUCUCUGUUCUCUCCCUGCGUGUGGCGAGGUGUUUCGGCAGAGCUUCGCUUCAGGUGAGCCAGAGCAGAUCGACCGGGCUCUGCAGACGGCGCUAGAGGGUCUCCCACCUGACGUUCUCUCUCUCCUUCCCCCCUGGCCCUCUUGCGCUUCUGCCUCCCCCGAUUCCCUUUUUGCAGGAGCGAGCCGUCUUCUGGAGGCGCAUGCCUUGGAGGCCGUGCGUGCCCGUCACGCCUCUCCCUUGCACCUUGCCCGUUUGACUUCCCUUCAGGGCGCAGGUGCAGGGGCGUGGUUGACGUCGGUGCCGUACGCUGACCCACUGCGCAUCCCGGAGGCGCUGUGGCAGGCGGCUUCAUCUUCUCGUCUUGGUCUCCCUAUCCCCCAGUUAGCCCUUGCAGGUCAGUGCUCCUGCGGACAGGCGAUUGACGACAUGACGGUGCCUCAUCACGCGGUUCGCCAGUGGUGGGAGAGGGGACGCGGGCUGAGGGACCGGGGGAGCAGAGAGGCGAGGCGGGAUCAGCCGGGUGGCGGGGGACAGUGGGGACAGCACCAGCUGCGGGGUCAGGUGGAGCGAGGGAUAGGUGGGCAGAGGGGACGGCAGGGGGAGCAGACGGGCCAGGACGGGGAGGGGAGACGGCACAGGCAGCAGCAGGAGAGCCAGUGGAGGCCGCGGGCCCAGGGCGCCGCGCCUCCAGGUUCGGCCUCGGGGGUGGGGCAGGGGCGGGAGCAGCAGAGAGCGGACGGAGGUACAGGAGGGGCAGCGGGAUUGGGAGGGGAGGGCCAGGGAGUGAGAGAGGCAGCAGGGGAUGGAGCAGGGGGGUCGGGAGGGUUGGGGGAGGGUAGAGAGGGGGAGGGGAGAGGACAGGUGGAUGGAGGAGAGGAGAGGGGGAGAGAGACGAUCGGAGAGGAGGCACCAAGGGACCAGACAGGGCAGCAGCCAGCGCAACAGCAGGGACCAGUCGGACGCACAGGCCGUGUAGGCACCGCCUCCCGCAUCCCAGACCUCACCUGCCGCGACGUUGGCCAGGGUCUGAUGGUUCUUGUGGAUGUCUCCAUAGCGGAUCCACAGCGGGAGGGGAACGUGCAGCUGAGACGGGCGACCCCCACACAGAUUGGAGUGGCAGCAGCUAGGCGGGUGCAGGAGAAGCUGCGGCACUGGGGGCCGCACUUAGAGGGGCUGCAGCCGGCACCACACUUUUACGCGUGCGUGGCGGAGACCUUUGGCCUUCUGAGUGAGCCGCUGCGUCAGUUUCUGGGGCUCUGCGCAAAGAGGAUAGCACAGCGGAGGAGGGAUAGAGGUGGGGGGGAUGACGGAUCGGCACGGAUAUUUGAGGCAGGACUCACUACACGCCUCUCCGUUGCACUGCAGCGCGCGCAGGCUCAAUGCAUGAUCCAGCAUGCGUCACACCCCCUGCCCCCUCAUGCCAUCCGCUCCCCCCGCCCCUACCCUCCGCGUGCCCGCUCCCUUGCCGCCUCUUUUGACCCUCCCUGCCCCCCCUCGCCGUUUCCCACCGCCCGCCAUUCGCUCCUCCCCGCCCGUGCGCUCCCCUCCUUUACCUUCUCCUCCCCCCUCCCCUCCUCUGCUGCACGCCUCUUCCUUCCCCUCGCCGACCCACUCCACUCCCUGCCCCUCCUCAAUCCGCACCCUGCCCCUCGUAUCUCGCCCCCCUAUGCUUGGUUUCUCCCCUCCCUGCCCCUCGCCGCCUUUCCCCGCUCCCCACCUCCCCCCUCUCCCUGCCCCCCCACUCUCCCCCCCCUUGUCCUUGGCUUCCUACCUCCCUGCCUCACCUUUCCCCCCUCCGUGUGCUCAGCUUCUCCCCUCCCUGCCCCUCCCUCCUCCCCGCCCUGCCCCUCAUUUUCCGCCCCCCCCCACGCCCGGUUUCUCCCCUCCCCGCGCCUCCCUUUCUUUCUCCGUGCCUCUCCUUUGCUCCCUCCCUGCCCCCGCCUGCCCAUGCCCCUGUCUUUGGCUUCUCCCCUCCCUGCCCCACGUUUCUUCCCUCCCUGCCCCCCGUCUGCCCCUCCCUUGUUUUCCCCUCACCCAUUGCUUCUCUCCUCCCUGCCCUUGAUUUCCCACACCCCUGCCCUCGUUUCCUAUCAUCCAUGCCCCUCGUUUCCCCCCUUUGUACGUUCAGCCUCUUCCCUCCCUGCCCCUCCCUUCCUCCCCCCCUGCCCUUUGCUCUCCCCUCGUUACGCUCCCUUCUCCCCAUCCCUGCUGCCCUCUUACCACCAUCAGCCCAUCCCCACGACCAGCCCCCCUCCCACCCUUCAAUCCCCCCCUCCCUCUCUCUCUCUCUCUCUCUCUCUCUCUCUCUCUCUUUCUCACACACACACACACACGCACACUCCCCUCCCCCACCCCCCCCACCUACAUCCUCCCAUUCUGCCCCUCCCUGCCCCUUUCCCACCCCCUCGCACGCCCCUCACCUCCCACCUCCGUGCAACUGGUUUCCCCCCUAUGGUGCCACCCUUGCAUCGCUCGCCCCUCUGCUCACCCUCUGCCCGCCCCUUUUCCGUGCCCUCAGUUGGCCCAGCCCCUGCCCGUUGCUGCCCCUCCCCUUGCCCCCUCAACUCCCCUGCCCCCCGUACACCCCAAGUCCCAUCCAACCGCCCCCACCCUCCCCCGGCUGCCCGUUUCCGCUCUCCACCCCCGCGACCGUGUGCGGCUUCCAACCGCCCAACGGUGGUGCGCACGGGGCGUUUCUUCGCAUGGGCAAGCCUCCCCGGGGGCCCCCCACCCCGCUGGGUCGUUCAUUACCGCCCCUCUCCCCUUAUCCCCCACCACGCCCCCAAGCAGGCCUUUCUCCCCCCAGCCCCCCGUCUCCCUGCCCUUAGUACCGCCGCGCUCUGCCCGUGCGUCACCCUCGCCCACUUCAUACCACCUCCCCCUUCUCCCCCCCCCGGCUUCUCCCUAUCAUCACCCGCAUGUUCCCCCACUCCCCUGUCCACAACGUCCCUCCUCCACCCCCCCUCCUGCCUUCCCCACUCCCACUCUGCCCCCACACCUCUACGAGCCGUACCUCCCCCUCCAGCCUCCCUUUUCCCCCCCAGCUACUUCCGCAUCCAGCGUGGGCUGCACCUCUGCAUCCUGCCCUGCCAGGCCCUUCGAGGACCCAACUGCCGCCACCUGACACCACGCCGCCUUUCCCACCCCCAUCCAAUCUCUACACCCCCUGCCCCUGCUCCCUGCGCAAUCCAGCCACCUACCCCAGCCUCCCUCUACCUCUCCCUAACUCCACACUGCCGUUCCUACCCCCAGCCAGGGUCUACACCCCUUGCUUUUGCUCCCUGUGCUGUGCCGUCCCCAACCUCCGUCCGCCUUUCCGCGGCACCAGACCGCCUCUCCCUCCCCCAAGCCAACCUCUGCACCCCCUGUUCCUGCCCCUUGUGCCUUCCAACACCCUACCCCAACCCCCCCCAGUCUCCCCCUUCUCCAACACCCUCCAUAUUUCCUCCCCCCUGGGGCUCGCCCAUCCGCAGCGCCUCCUUUCGGUGCCCUCUCGGCCCUCCCACGUUCUCACCCCCCGCCUCCCAACCUUCUCAUUACCCGCUACCAGGCUCACGCCAACUCGACUACCCACUACCCUUUGCCCCUUCCUCUCUGUUCCCCACCCUUCCUUCCCCACUUGGCUCCACCUGCCCACCCCCACCUCCCGUGGAAUUCUGCCCUGCCCUCCCCACCUCUGGCCCACCACCUGUCCCCACACCCUGCUCACCCACCACUACAUCACCCCCGCCCCCCCACCUCCACUACAGCCCGCCAACACUUCCCCUCUCAACCGGCCCCCAGCCCGCCCCCCCCUUGGGCCCCAAUCCCCUCCAACUGUCAGGCCCCCUCUACCCUCUCUUCCACCCACUGCGCACCGCUUUCCCCACCCUUUUUCCAUUUCCCCAAGCUAACCCCCCGCACCCCGGCCUCUGCCAGGGAGUUCCUUCCCCCUUUGACGCCCUCUUGAGCCAACUCCAGCAACUCACACCGCCACCGCCAGGCAUGCUGCCUCUAUUACUUGUGAAAACACUUAAUCCUACUAGCACCCCCAAGCACAUAGAAGCGGGAGGGGGCAGAGCCAGGGGGGAACUUGCAGCUAACACUGCACGGGAAGGGGUAAGUGAAUGUGUGUGCGAAGGAGCAGCAGAGGCUGCAGAGGAUGGGGCAGCAAAGGCUGCACGGGAAGGGGCAAUGGGGGUUGUGGGGGAAGGGGCAGCAGAGGUUGCAGAGGAAAGGGCAGCAGAGGCUGCAAGGGAAGGGGCAGCAGCGGCUGCACGGGAAAGGGCGGCAGAGGCUGCACGGGAAGGGGCGGCAGGGACCGUGACUCUGGCCAGGCAAAGGGCAGAGGCCAUGGAGACAGUAGGGGCGGCAGGGGCCGCAGCAAACGCGAGGAAACACACAGCAGGGCCGGCAGAGACUGCAAAAGGGGCUAGCAGUAAAGCGGCAGCAGGCGGGGUGGGCUCGGGGGACAUAGGGGCAACAGGGGAAGGAGAGGUGAGUGUGGUCCCGACCGGGGUGGGCACUGAAGAGGGGGAUGUGAUAGCGAUAGAGGAGGAUGAGGGAGAGGAUGUGAUGCACAUUGACGGGCCACUGGCCCAAUACCUCACGCCUGACGGUGAGGCCGACCCGGCCCCCCUGCAGCCUCACGUCGAGGUUCCCCCUCUACCCCCCAUGCCCGUCCCCAUGCUAGCAGAAGGACCGAUGGAGGGGCUGGGGGAGACCUUGAGGACAGAGCCGCACGAGGGAGCCCCCAUCCUCACCUCCCGUCCUCCAGCCCACCCACCCCCAGGAGCACCACUUCCCCACCCCCACCCUCAGGUCCCGGUAGUAUCCAGGGGGGCAGCCAAGGCCCUGGCCUUCUUGGCGGAGCCGUGCUCCCCGACCCCCACGUUGCUCCAUGGCCAGCCCCCCUCUCCGUCCCCAACCCCUGACCCCACGGUUGCAGGCGGUCCACCGGGAGAGCACGCGGCACACCUCUGCCCCCACCCUCAGGGGCUCCUUAGAGCACCACGUGGAGCAGCCAGGGCUCUGGCCUUCCUAGAGGAGCCAUGCUCCCCGACUCCUACCAACACCCAGCCACCCCCUACCGGCCCACUACCCCCCCCUCCACCAGGCCCCCCCCCACCCGUCGCCGCACAGCCCCAACACGCCCACCCAACAGGCUGCCCCCCUCACACCACCCCCCCCCAGGCAGCCGAGACCCACCCGCAAGGGCUUGCGCCCCAGGCUCAUGGGAGCGGCGGCACCCGGGUAGAGGGGCCCACAGGAGAGGCCACCACAGAGCCCACACAAAUCUCUCUCCCCCCACCGCUUGUACCUCGCUCUAACCUCCACACUGGCCCAGCCCCUCGACCCCCACCUCCAACCCCCCUCUCCCGGCCGGGUUCCCCACGAGUGGCCCCGCGCGGACAACCAGGUUGGCCGCCGGCGGAAGAACAGGGGCAGAGGAGGCAGAGGGUCAGCCCACCCCGACCACCAAACCUACACUCCCGCCCCGCUCCUGCACCUCCACAGGGCCAUGGGAGCGGACCAGCCCACUCACCCCCAUUCUGCCCCUCCCGUGCUGUGUCCCCCUCCCAGGUGGCGGCGGCCGCGAUCGCUACUGGGAUGGAGGCCGUCGGGUUGAGGGAUGCGCCCAUGGAAGACGCCACCGACUCCCCCUCCCAUCCCUCCCACCCCUUCCAUGUCGACGACCCCCUACCGCAACCCAUGGUGAUUGGGGAGGGCCAAGGGGGCCUUCUAGGGCAGGGUCCACACCCGAGCUCCGCUCAGCCAGCAAGCCCCACUCCACCCUCUACCCUGCCAGCCCUCCUACUCUCACCUACAGGCAGGCAGGUCUUCGAGACCCCAGAGGAGGUGAGGGCUGGCAUUUCAGAUUUGCUGGCGAUACACCGCCCGAGCAGCUCUCCGGCUGCCCCCACCCUUCCAGUCCCACAGGACCGGACCCGGACGUAUGCGGAGGUCACCCGGUCUGUCCCUUCUUUUAUCCCCCCCGCCACUCAGCCAGGCGCGUCACUCCCGACCCCAAUGGAGACGGACCAGGUUCUGAGGCCGUGUCACGCGCACCUAGAUGGGGUGGCGCCUCCCCCCGUUCACCCCGUGGCGCAGGAGGUCACCAGCAGUAGGGAUGAGGCAUCCGCCCCUACCGAGACCCCUCCGCCUGGGGUAGCAGAGCCGUCACUUGAACCGCACCCCGCCGAGGGGCAGGAGCACACCACGGCACACACUUCAGGCUCACCUCCACGUCCCCCCUCCCCAGCUUCGACACCGGUACCGGCACGAGGCCCGGCCCUAUCCUGUGCGACACCACCUCUAUCUUCGCUGACACCCCCCAUGCACGGGGCUGGUGAGUCGUCUCCUCCCCUCAUCCCAGGCGAUCCUCUCGGAGCUCAGGCCGCCCACGGGGUCCCCUCUACAGCCAGUUCCGACGCCACGGCCCCGAUUGACCCCGCCGACACGGCGACAUCACCCGACCAGGUCGUGAGUUGCCCCACCUGCAGGAGCUCUCUCGCGAACCGACGCGCGCUCCAGCACCACAUUCCCUUCUGCCAUCCUGCGGACGCGGCUCGCAGGGCGCAGGCUGCCCAUGACACCGCCUCGAUCAUCCCUUCCCUCUCACAGCCCCGUGCGACCGGGAUACAGUUCACCGACGCACAGUGGCAGACGCUCGACUCGGUGGACUGGACAGAGUACUUCUCGCCCGAGCGUAUCCAUGCACGCCCUCUCCGACGUGUCCCGGAGAGGGUCCGCGGAGGAUAUCUCGACGUCCUCAGUGCGAUCCUAGUCCGCAUUGCCCAGGACCCGGAGGCUGCUGGCCCUACCUUCCUCCUCGCUGCAGCGCCGACUCUUUUCCUUGUUCCAGCGACGCCACCCGACCGCUCGCACACGGCUGCCAUUGCAACGCGCAUCUCCCGCUUUGGUCGAGGUGAGUGGGCUGAGCUAGUCUCAGAUGCACUAGGCCGUCGCACACCCCUUCCUCGGCGCACAGGUCACCGGUCACGCACCGCCACCGAUCCCUCUACAGCAGAUGAGCGCCGCAUUGCACGUUGCCUUCGUCUGGCAGCGUGCAAUGAGACCUCACGGGCGUGCGCGGCUCUCGAGUCCGCGGAGGCAGCCCCAGAUACACAGGGGACGAUACAGCGCCUGCAGUCGAAGCACCCCAACGCGGAGAGGCCGACCCCAGCUUGGCAGUCUGGCUUCCAGGGGUCCCCUCUCGUGCUCUCGGUGGAUCACUUACGCCGCGCGAUUUUCACAGCUCCGCGGGGCUCUUCGGGAGGACCGUCCGGUUGGGUCGCUGAGCACCUGCGAGACACUUUCCUAGCUUUCCCUCAGAGUCUCCAUUUCCUCCUGGCCGUGUACCAGCAGUGGCUCCGAGGCCGUUGCGCUCCAGCUACGCGCUCCUUGCUAGCGUCUUCCACCCUCGUGGCUCUGGCGAAGUCGAACAUGGAUGUUCGGCCGAUUGCCAUCGGCGAGGUUUUGGUCCGCAUUCUUUCUCGUGCAGUCUGUCUCCAGCUACGUGACCAGAUGGCGAGGGUCUUCUUGGCGUCACAGCAGUUUGGGGUGGGGGUUACGUGCGGGACAGAGGUCGUAGUUAGAGGCGUCCGCCGCGCUCUGGCUGACCACCCAGACUGGGUGGUCCUGCAGCUAGACGUGGCGAAUGCCUUUAACUCUUUCCACCGAGACAGGAUGUUCCAGGCGCUGCAGGCCAGCCCGGAGUUUCAGUGCCUGAUCCCCUUCAUCGGCCUCUUCUACGGGACGCCCUCGGAUCUCCACUACAGGUCAGGCACGGGAGUGGUCACGAUGCACUCGGAGCGGGGCACUCGCCAGGGAGACCCUCUCAGCCCCUUCUUGUACGCUCUGACACAGCGUCUUGCUUUGGAGCCGGUUCUGGUGGAGGGGGAUGUCCAGCUCUGGUCGUACGCCGAUGACACGUACGUGCUAGGUCCCCCAGACAGGGUGCUGCACCACUUUGCCGAGAUCGUGAGGCGCUUGGGCGAGAUGGGCCUUGCAGCCCAGCCGCACAAGUGCCUCGUCUACCAGACAGAGUCCUUUCUGUCCAGGGAUCUGGAGGCCUUCACGGGCCUAGGGAUCGAGGUCGCACGCCGAGGGCUCACCGUGACAGGCGUACCGGUAGGCACCGUUUCGUUCGUGGAGCAGAGUCUCCCGGAUCGUCUCGAGAGGAUGGGGCGGGUGCUACCUUGGCUUCCGAGGUUGCGCCAGCCCCAGACAGCUGCCCGCCUUCUGUCGGCGUGUGUCAGCACUCGUCCGCAGUACCUGUCGAGGACCGUCCCUCCUUCGCCCGCAGUGAUCUCUAGUUUUACACGGUGGGACGCACGCCUGGGAGAGACAUUUCAGCAGCUUUUAGCUUCAGGGACCUGGGCUUGUCGCGAGGACGUCCGAGAGGCCGCCCUAGACCAGAUCUUCCUCCCCAUCCGUCUCGGGGGUUUCGGCAUUCGUCGCAUGGCACGCAUUGCCCCGGUGAGUUUCGUGUGCUCCUGGGUGCAGUGUGCUCCCAUUCUCUGUUCUCUCCCUGCGUGUGGCGAGGUGUUUCGGCAGAGCUUCGCUUCAGGUGAGCCAGAGCAGAUCGACCGGGCUCUGCAGACGGCGCUAGAGGGUCUCCCACCUGACGUUCUCUCUCUCCUUCCCCCCUGGCCCUCUUGCGCUUCUGCCUCCCCCGAUUCCCUUUUUGCAGGAGCGAGCCGUCUUCUGGAGGCGCAUGCCUUGGAGGCCGUGCGUGCCCGUCACGCCUCUCCCUUGCACCUUGCCCGUUUGACUUCCCUUCAGGGCGGAGGUGCAGGGGCGUGGUUGACGUCGGUGCCGUACGCUGACCCACUGCGCAUCCCGGAGGCGCUGUGGCAGGCGGCUUCAUCUUCUCGUCUUGGUCUCCCUAUCCCCCAGUUAGCCCUUGCAGGUCAGUGCUCCUGCGGACAGGCGAUUGACGACAUGACGGUGCCUCAUCACGCGGUUCGCCAGUGGUGGGAGAGGGGACGCGGGCUGAGGGACCGGGGGAGCAGAGAGGCGAGGCGGGAUCAGCCGGGUGGCGGGGGACAGUGGGGACAGCACCAGCUGCGGGGUCAGGUGGAGCGAGGGAUAGGUGGGCAGAGGGGACGGCAGGGGGAGCAGACGGGCCAGGACGGGGAGGGGAGACGGCACAGGCAGCAGCAGGAGAGCCAGUGGAGGCCGCGGGCCCAGGGCGCCGCGCCUCCAGGUUCGGCCUCGGAGGUGGGGCAGGGGCGGGAGCAGCAGAGAGCGGACGGAGGUACAGGAGGGGCAGCGGGAUUGGGAGGGGAGGGCCAGGGAGUGAGAGAGGCAGCAGGGGAUGGAGCAGGGGGGUCGGGAGGGUUGGGGGAGGGUAGAGAGGGGGAGGGGAGAGGACAGGUGGAUGGAGGAGAGGAGAGGGGGAGAGAGACGAUCGGAGAGGAGGCACCAAGGGACCAGACAGGGCAGCAGCCAGCGCAACAGCAGGGACCAGUCGGACGCACAGGCCGUGUAGGCACCGCCUCCCGCAUCCCAGACCUCACCUGCCGCGACGUUGGCCAGGGUCUGAUGGUUCUUGUGGAUGUCUCCAUAGCGGAUCCACAGCGGGAGGGGAACGUGCAGCUGAGACGGGCGACCCCCACACAGAUUGGAGUGGCAGCAGCUAGGCGGGUGCAGGAGAAGCUGCGGCACUGGGGGCCGCACUUAGAGGGGCUGCAGCCGGCACCACACUUUUACGCGUGCGUGGCGGAGACCUUUGGCCUUCUGAGUGAGCCGCUGCGUCAGUUUCUGGGGCUCUGCGCAAAGAGGAUAGCACAGCGGAGGAGGGAUAGAGGUGGGGGGGAUGACGGAUCGGCACGGAUAUUUGAGGCAGGACUCACUACACGCCUCUCCGUUGCACUGCAGCGCGCGCAGGCUCAAUGCAUGAUCCAGCAUGCGGUGCGGCAGUUAGGGAGAUCCGACGACGGGUGGAUGCCCGCACCAGUCCCACUGGGUGCGGGGCAGGGUACUUGGCACCACGUCACAGGUCACACCCCCUGCCCCCUCAUGCCAUCCGCUCCCCCCGCCCCUACCCUCCGCGUGCCCGCUCCCUUGCCGCCUCUUUUGACCCUCCCUGCCCCCCCUCGCCGUUUCCCACCGCCCGCCAUUCGCUCCUCCCCGCCCGUGCGCUCCCCUCCUUUACCUUCUCCUCCCCCCUCCCCUCCUCUGCUGCACGCCUCUUCCUUCCCCUCGCCGACCCACUCCACUCCCUGCCCCUCCUCAAUCCGCACCCUGCCCCUCGUAUCUCGCCCCCCUAUGCUUGGUUUCUCCCCUCCCUGCCCCUCGCCGCCUUUCCCCGCUCCCCACCUCCCCCCUCUCCCUGCCCCCCCACUCUCCCCCCCCUUGUCCUUGGCUUCCUACCUCCCUGCCUCACCUUUCCCCCCUCCGUGUGCUCAGCUUCUCCCCUCCCUGCCCCUCCCUCCUCCCCGCCCUGCCCCUCAUUUUCCGCCCCCCCCACGCCCGGUUUCUCCCCUCCCCGCGCCUCCCUUUCUUUCUCCGUGCCUCUCCUUUGCUCCCUCCCUGCCCCCGCCUGCCCAUGCCCCUGUCUUUGGCUUCUCCCCUCCCUGCCCCACGUUUCUUCCCUCCCUGCCCCCCGUCUGCCCCUCCCUUGUUUUCCCCUCACCCAUUGCUUCUCUCCUCCCUGCCCUUGAUUUCCCACACCCCUGCCCUCGUUUCCUAUCAUCCAUGCCCCUCGUUUCCCCCCUUUGUACGUUCAGCCUCUUCCCUCCCUGCCCCUCCCUUCCUCCCCCCCUGCCCUUUGCUCUCCCCUCGUUACGCUCCCUUCUCCCCAUCCCUGCUGCCCUCUUACCACCAUCAGCCCAUCCCCACGACCAGCCCCCCUCCCACCCUUCAAUCCCCCCCUCCCUCUCUCUCUCUCUCUCUCUCUCUCUCUCUCUCUCUCUCUCUCUCUCUUUCUCACACACACACACACGCACACUCCCCUCCCCCACCCCCCCACGUACAUCCUCCCAUUCUGCCCCUCCCUGCCCCUUUCCCACCCCCUCGCACGCCCCUCACCUCCCACCUCCGUGCAACUGGUUUCCCCCCUAUGGUGCCACCCUUGCAUCGCUCGCCCCUCUGCUCACCCUCUGCCCGCCCCUUUUCCGUGCCCUCAGUUGGCCCAGCCCCUGCCCGUUGCUGCCCCUCCCCUUGCCCCCUCAACUCCCCUGCCCCCCGUACACCCCAAGUCCCAUCCAACCGCCCCCACCCUCCCCCGGCUGCCCGUUUCCGCUCUCCACCCCCGCGACCGUGUGCGGCUUCCAACCGCCCAACGGUGGUGCGCACGGGGCGUUUCUUCGCACGGGCAAGCCUCCCCGGGGGCCCCCCACCCCGCUGGGUCGUUCAUUACCGCCCCUCUCCCCUUAUCCCCCACCACGCCCCCAAGCAGGCCUUUUCUCCCCCCAGCCCCCCGUCUCCCUGCCCUUAGUACCGCCGCGCUCUGCCCGUGCGUCACCCUCGCCCACUUCAUACCACCUCCCCCUUCUCCCCCCCCCGGCUUCUCCCUAUCAUCACCCGCAUGUUCCCCCACUCCCCUGUCCACAACGUCCCUCCUCCACCCCCCCUCCUGCCUUCCCCACUCCCACUCUGCCCCCCACACCUCUACGAGCCGUACCUCCCCCUCCAGCCUCCCUUUUCCCCCCCAGCUACUUCCGCAUCCAGCGUGGGCUGCACCUCUGCAUCCUGCCCUGCCAGGCCCUUCGAGGACCCAACUGCCGCCACCUGACACCACGCCGCCUUUCCCACCCCCAUCCAAUCUCUACACCCCCUGCCCCUGCUCCCUGCGCAAUCCAGCCACCUACCCCAGCCUCCCUCUACCUCUCCCUAACUCCACACUGCCGGUUCCUACCCCCAGCCAGGGUCUACACCCCUUGCUUUUGCUCCCUGUGCUGUGCCGUCCCCAACCUCCGUCCGCCUUUCCGCGGCACCAGACCGCCUCUCCCUCCCCCAGCCAACCUCUGCACCCCCUGUUCCUGCCCCUUGUGCCUUCCAACACCCUACCCCAACCCCCCCCAGUCUCCCCCUUCUCCAACACCCUCCAUAUUUCCUCCCCCCUGGGGCUCGCCCAUCCGCAGCGCCUCCUUUCGGUGCCCUCUCGGCCCUCCCACGUUCUCACCCCCCGCCUCCCAACCUUCUCAUUACCCGCUACCAGGCUCACGCCAACUCGACUACCCACUACCCUUUGCCCCUUCCUCUCUGUUCCCCACCCUUCCUUCCCCACUUGGCUCCACCUGCCCACCCCCACCUCCCGUGGAAUUCUGCCCUGCCCUCCCCACCUCUGGCCCACCACCUGUCCCCACACCCUGCUCACCCACCACUACAUCACCCCCGCCCCCCCACCUCCACUACAGCCCGCCAACACUUCCCCUCUCAACCGGCCCCCAGCCCGCCCCCCCCUUGGGCCCAAUCCCCUCCAACCGUCAGGCCCCCUCUACCCUCUCUUCCACCCACUGCGCACCGCUUUCCCCACCCUUUUUCCAUUUCCCCAAGCUAACCCCCCGCACCCCGGCCUCUGCCAGGGAGUUCCUUCCCCCUUUGACGCCCUCUUGA